UAAAAACCUCACGAAAUACCCGCAAAAAGAAGAAAGCUUUGGUCCGGAAUGGGAAACCGAAGGUUCGCUCAGGUGUCCACUAGCGACGACGAGGACGAAGCUCCGAUACCUCCCCGACGGUCCCGAUCGGAAGAUUCGAGGCCGGAAAGGAAGAGGAAGAAAAUGAAGCUGCUUGAAGAGGACGAUGAAGAGGACGAGAGGGACAAUAAGAAGAGGAAGAAGAAAAAGGACGAGGUCACGAAGGAAGAAGAACAAGAAGAAGAAGAACAGGAGGAAGAGCCACUUCAGGAGGAUGCAAAGCCGAUAGGGGAUACUAUUAGGGUUUCUGGGAAAGGAAGAGGAAGGAGGAGUCAUUAUGAAGCUUUUGAGUUCGACGGAAAUCGAUAUGAUCUCGAGGAUCCAGUUCUUUUAGUUCCUGAAGAUCAGGAGCAGAAGCCUUAUGUGGCCAUCAUUAAGGACAUUAGUCAGACGAAAGAUGGGAGCAUUAUGGUUACCGGUCAGUGGUUUUAUCGCCCUGAAGAAGCUGAGAAAAAAGGUGGUGGAAGCUGGCAGUCACGUGAUACCAGAGAGCUGUUCUAUAGCUUCCAUCGUGAUGAGGUUCCUGCAGAAUCUGUGAUGCACAAGUGUGUGGUGCACUUUGUUCCCAUACAUAAGCAACAUCCAAAACGGAAACAGCAUCCGGGCUUUAUUGUGCAGAGAGUUUAUGACACUGUAGAGCGGAAGCUUUGGAAGCUAACUGAUAAAGAUUAUGAAGAUAGUAAACAGCAUGAGAUCGAUCUACUUGUUCAGAAAACUUUAUCACGUUUGGGAGAUCUCCCUGACCUUGAGACUGAUGCUGCUGCUCCAGUUGUUGAUCAGGAAGAGCAGCUAAAGGCAAAAAGAUCUCUCAGGAAAAAGAAUAUUUCACCUCUUGAUGUUACUAGGAGUGAUGAAGGAACUGGAACUCCUAGGUCUGAUCAACAUCUGAAAGCUGAAACUCCUGGAAGCUGUACAAGUAAUACCAGUGAAUACUACACAACUUUGUCAAAAGCUAAUGUGCUAACCGGAGUAACCCAUCGUGAUAAGUGGAUGGAGAGGCUUCUCCAAGCUGUUCAAUACGUGUGUAGUUCUCCUGAACUUGAUGACAAAGCAAAAGGUGGUUCUGAUAGCUUGGAACCUGAAAGAGACACUAAGAGUUCAGGAACUGCAAAUGGAUCUCAAGAGAAGAGUUCAAAUGGUGACAAGUCUUUUCAGUGGCCAGAUGCUGCUAUUUCCGCUGUAACUGCACUUGAGAAGGCAUCAUAUGAUGCUUUUUCACCUGACAUGAAAUAUAACCAGAAGUUACGGCAGCUUAUGUUCAACCUGAAGAAUAAUUCAUUGCUAGCUCGACGACUACUAAAUGGAGAAUUAGAGCCUUCAACAAUACUUAACAUGACACCUGCUGAGUUAAAGGAGGGUUUAACUGCUGAAGAGACAGCCAAGAAAGAGCCUGAUGAAUUUGAGCGCAUGCAGAUGACUGACGCCCGGUGCUCAAGAUGCAAUGAAUUUAAAGUCUGUCUAAGAGACAUUAUCCAAGCAGGACAUGGAGACCGCUACCAGUUGGAAUGUAUUGCAUGUGGAAAUUCCUGGUAUGCUUCUAGGGACGAGGCAUCCUCACUUACAAUAGAGCCAUCAUCAAGUUCUGCCAAAGGACUUGGUUCGGGACGACCAACCAAAGGGAAGCCUGAAAUUCCUGAGAAGAAGCCGGUUAGCCCUUCUGCCAAAGGUGUUGGUUCGGGACAAACAGCCUCAGUGAAGCCUGAAACUCCUGAGAAGAAGCCGGCUACCCCUUCUGUCAAAGGUGUUGGUUCGGGACAACCAGCCACAGCGAAGCCUGAAAUUCCCGAGAAGAAGCCAGUUAGCCCUUCUGUUAAAGGUGUUGGUUCUGGACAACCAGCAACAACGAAGCCUGAAAUUCCCGAGAAGAAGCCGGUUAGCCCCCGCGAAUCAGAAUCUACAAAAAAUGUGGAGUAGGGAAAUUUGACCUUUUGUACAGUUGAAUGUUUGCAUAUCUGUUGGAAGUAUAUAGUCAUAAAUGUUUACAUUUAUUUAUAUGAAGGUUAGGAUAGUGAUAAGCUUCAUCAAGAGUUGUUGGUUUAUAUUCUCAAACCGUGGCAGAGCUAUAUGAUUUUCAGGUGGACACGUGCCCACCUUGGAAUUUAAAAUUAGUUUAUUAAGAA